ACAAAAAUAGUUAGAAGUUGCACGUUUCAGAACCUAGGUAACAUGUGGAUGGGUCCUAUAGAAGAUUACAUAGGAAGAGGUGUUUACACUUAUUGAGGAAGAAAGAGAGAAAAAGUAGUAACUAUUGGUGCCAUUGCAAAGAUAUAAGAAGACAAUUAGUUUUUUUCUUUCUUUCACAUUUCGUGCUGGUUGAUGAUUCCAAAGCUGUAAGCAUCUCUGCACUGGACCCCUUCUCAAAAACUCAGCCAGCCACAAGAUGAUCACUCAACAUCAAACCCACAAACUUCUCGCCACGUGUCCAGCCCUCAGAAUUCUAUCCUUCCUUUCCAUUUCCAUUCAACAACUAAUAUAGCCUUCUUAGUCCCCUGCUGCCUUUACAUACGAUCUCACUCACCAUCAAACAACUACAACAUCUGCGGUUAGUAUGUUGAAAGUAGAGAGUAACUGGGCACAAGCCUGUGAUACAUGCCGAUCAGCCGCCUGCACCGUGUACUGCCGGGCUGAUUCUGCCUACUUGUGCUCCAGUUGUGAUGCUCAAGUUCAUGCUGCCAAUCGUCUUGCUUCCCGCCAUGAACGUGUUCGAGUCUGUCAAUCAUGUGAGCGAGCCCCGGCUGCCUUUUUCUGCAAGGCAGAUGCUGCAUCUCUAUGCACAACCUGUGAUUCAGAGAUUCAUUCCGCAAACCCACUUGCUAGACGCCAUCAACGAGUUCCAAUUCUGCCCAUUUCUGAGUACUCUUACAGUUCCACGGCCACUAACCAUUCAUGUGAGACAACAGUGACAGAUCCAGAGAACAGACUUGUGCUUGGUCAAGAAGAAGAGGAUGAAGAUGAAGCAGAGGCGGCUUCAUGGUUGUUGCCUAAUUCAGGGAAAAACAGUGGUAACAACAAUGGCUUCUCGAUUGGGGAUGAGUUUCUGAACCUUGUUGAUUAUAGUUCGAGUGAUAAGCAAUUCACAGAUCAAUCCAAUCAGUAUCAACUAGACUGCAACGUACCUCAGAGGAGCUAUGGGGAAGAUGGAGUUGUUCCACUUCAAAUUGAAGUAUCAAAGGGCAUGUACCAAGAGCAACAGAACUUUCAGCUGAGUAUCAACUGUGGCUCCUGGGGAGCUCUUCGAAGCUCCAAUGGUUCCCUCAGUCAUAUGGUGAAUGUUUCAUCUAUGGACCUGGGAGUUGUGCCGGAGUCAACAACGAGUGACGCAACAGUAUCAAACCCAAGAUCGCCCAAAGCGGUAACAGACCAACCACCUUACCCUCCAGCUCAGAUGCUCAGUCCAAGGGACAGAGAAGCUAGAGUCCUGAGAUACAGAGAGAAGAAGAAGAUGAGGAAAUUUGAGAAGACGAUAAGAUAUGCUUCAAGGAAAGCGUAUGCAGAGAAAAGACCACGGAUCAAGGGCCGGUUUGCAAAGAAGAAAGAUGUCGAUGAAGAGGCAAACCAAGCUUUCUCCACAAUGAUAACAUUUGACACCGGAUAUGGAAUUGUUCCAUCAUUCUGAUGCUGCUAUGGCAAAACUAGACUGCAUGCUUGUAAAUUACUUCUGGUUUGAAAUUCCUGCAAGUUAUUACCACGGUUUUAUGCAUAUAGGGUCUGUAGUUUACUAGUUUUGCCUAACUAGUACGAGUUAAUUAGAUAUACACUCAUACUUAGCUGCUGUAAGUUAAUACAAAUUUUGCCCACUUGGUAGAAGUCCUCUUAUCUAUG